AUGGCCUCAGAUGCACUCUCCAGAGUGCUUGCGAGGUUGCAAAAUCUACCUGUGAUGUCUCUACCCACAGAUUAUCCGCGAUCGACUGGUGCUAAUAAACUCAUCGAAGCCGCUCAUCUGGCAGAUCUUUCAGAGCAGACCUCACUCAGUCUUUUGAAGCUUGCUCUUCAUGCUGAGAGCGAAGAUGGCGGAGAGGACGAGAAUAAAACUUCUGAAACUAGACCAUCGGCUUUCCAUCUACUCCUCUCUGCUUUUCUCGUCCUCCUACACAGGUACACUGCUGAUACAGACUUCGUGAUUGGCUCCUCUUCUGCCGCUGCAAGCUAUCCUUUGAUUCUUCGUCUUUCCGUGGAGCCAUCAGAUUCAUUCUGGACUAUCGUGCGCCGUGUUCAGCACGUCGAACGCGAGGCCGAAGCAGACCUGCUACCCUAUGAGACGAUCGUACGGUCUUUACACAGGGACAAAGACGACUCUGUUGAAGCAUCUCGUCCUCUUUUCCGUGUCCGUUUCUUCGACGAAACAGAUCAGCCACGAGAUAACUUUAUCCGAUCAACUAGCUUAACUUCCGAUCUCACCAUCUUCGUCACACGACCUCCCACUACUACACGUGCCUCCUUAGCUCCCCACAUUUCCCUUCGAAUUCUGUUUAACUCCCUGCUGUUCACAUCUGCACGCAUAUCAUUCAUCGUCGAUCAGCUCUCUGUGCUUUUAAGGAAGGUAUCUACCAAUCCGACUGCAGCGGUUGGUUCUGUUCCUCUCUUGACGGCUGCCCAACGCGAACGCUUGCCCAACCCAACGGCGAAUUUACAUUGGUGUGACUGGAAGGGAGCCAUCACAGAUGUGUUUUCCCGUAAUGCGCAGAAAUGGCCUGAUAGGUCGUGUAUCAUUCAAAGUGUACCUGCCUCGAUUCCUAGCGAGCCGCAGACAAGGCGAACAUUCACUUACGGAGACAUUCGAAGAGCCUCCAACAUCCUAGCGCACCACCUCCUAGCAGGUGGUGUGAAGAGGGAAGAAGUUGUUAUGAUUUACGCACAUCGUAGUGUCGAGCUGGUCGUAGCUGUUAUGGCUGUUCUUAAAAGCGGUGCGACGUUCUCGGUUAUAGAUCCUGCAUACCCGCCUUCACGGCAGAUAAUAUACCUCCGGGUAGCUCAACCUCGCGGCCUUGUUGUACUUUCAGGUGCUGGCCAAAUUGCACCUUCUGUGCGCGAAUUCCUAUCCACGGAACUCAAAAUCCGUGUGGAAGUACCCGCGCUUGAAUUCUCUUCUACUGGCCAAAUACUCGGAGGUGCAAACGACGGAAUCGAUGUUUUGAAGGCCCAGAUCCGUCUCGCAGAAACGGAUCCCAAUGUCAUUCUAGGUCCCGACAGCAUUGGCACGCUGUCCUUCACCAGUGGAAGCACUGGCAUCCCCAAGGGCGUUCGAGGACGCCAUUACAGUCUUACGCAUUUCUUCCCUUGGAUGGGCAACCGCUUCCUACUCAGUGAAACAUCCAAGUUCACAAUGCUGAGCGGGAUCGCUCAUGAUCCCAUCCAACGUGACAUUUUCACGCCCCUCUUCUUGGGUGCAGAGCUUCAUGUACCCACCGCAGAAGACAUCGGCACACCCGGCCGUCUCGCAGAAUGGAUGGAUGACAGCAAAGUUACUGUCACGCACCUAACCCCCGCCAUGGGUCAGUUACUCUCCGCACAAGCGACGCGUCAGAUCCCAUCCCUACGAAACGCAUUCUUCGUCGGUGACGUCUUAACAAAGCGCGAUUGCCUCCGCCUCCAAGCCCUCGGCACAAAUGUGCAGAUCAUCAACAUGUACGGCACAACAGAGACCCAGCGCGCUGUAUCUUACUUUGCGAUUCCACCCUUAUCCGAGGACGCGACUUUCCUCGCUACACAGAAGGACAUCAUGCCAGCUGGAGAGGGCAUGAUUGACGUACAGCUCCUUGUCGUCAACCGUAGCGACAGAAAUGUCCCCUGCGCAGUGGGAGAGGUUGGAGAGAUUUAUGUGCGAUCUGGAGGCUUGGCAGAGGGAUACCUCGAUACCGAAGCCACCGCAGAGAAGUUCGUCAGCAAUUGGUUCUCUCCUGCCGCUUUACCCUGGAGGGACACGAUUUUGCAUCCGCCCCAGGGCCUUGCUGGGCCCGAGUCACGUCAUUGGAAGGGCAUCCGCGACCGGAUGUAUCGUUCGGGCGAUCUUGGUCGGUAUCUCCCUGAUGGGCGCGUUGAGUGCACAGGGCGUGCAGAUGAUCAGGUCAAGAUCCGUGGUUUCAGGAUCGAGCUUGGGGAGAUCGAUACGUUGAUGAGCCAGCACCCGCUUGUGCGGGAAAACGUCACACUCGUACGGAGAGACAAAGAUGAGGAGAAAAUUCUCGUCAGUUACUUCGUGCCCCUGCAGGGCUCGAAGCUGGAUGGAUUUGCCAGCGAGCUUACGGAGGAGGAGGAGGACGAGAAUGUUGAUGGUAAGAGUCCAAAGUAUAGACGGCUCAUCAAGGAUAUUAGGGAGCACCUCAAAAAGAAACUGCCCAGUUACAGCAUACCAACAUUGUUUGUUCCGCUGCAUCGUAUGCCCCUCAACCCUAACGGUAAAAUAGACAAACCUGCACUUCCCUUCCCCGACACGGCACAAGCCCACGCUGUGCACUCCGAGCCCAAAAAGACUGUUAACGGCCGCACAGCGAGCCCCACCGAACAAACCAUGCGCACCAUCUGGGCCAGUAUUCUCCCGAACGCACCCACGCCUAUCCCCCUCGACGAAAGCUUUUUCGAUCUGGGUGGCCACUCCAUCCUUGCCACGCGUCUCAUUUUCGAGAUCCGCAAAAUCUUCGUUGUCGAAGCUCCACUUGGCCUUAUCUUCGACCAGCCGACUAUCACGGGCCUCGCUUCGGCGCUAGAUGCGCUUCGUGACCCAGACUUUGGUAUCGCUUACGGGGACGCUGAGACGCGCCCUGCGACGCCUGUCAAGGCGUCUGCGAAACUGAGUUCUGCUAUUCAGUACGGACAGGACUACGAGACGCUCGUUCAAGGCUUGCGACCCUCGUACCCGCCAAUGUCUGAGGACUUCAAGUCGGGUGCUGUUACUGUGUUCUUGACGGGUUCUACUGGGUAUCUCGGGGCUUUUGUGUUACGUGAUCUCUUGCAGCGCCUUGAUAGGGUUAGGAAGGUCAUCUGUCUCAUACGUGCGCCCAGCGUCGAACAAGGUGUGGCGCGCCUUAGAGAAGGGUCUGGUGAUCGGGGCGUUUGGGAUGAGCAGUGGUUCACCUCUGGUAGACUCGAGGUGGUGAUUGGAGACCUUGGCCUUGAUUUGUUCGGUAUGGGCGAUGAAGUCUGGUCACGAGUCGCUGCUGAGGCGGACGUCGUCUUGCACAAUGGUGCUCUGGUGCAUUGGGUAUACCCAUACGAGAGACUUCGUGCACCGAACGUGAUCGGUACCUUGACUGCUGUAGAACUCGCCUCGACGACAAAGCAGAAGCUGCUUGUUUUCGUUUCAUCGACGUCGGCGAUCGACACAGAGCACUAUGUGCGAUUGUCUGACUCUCUGGGACAGUCUCAAGAUUCGCGGAGAGGUAUUCCGGAAGAUGAUGACUUGGACGGUGCAAGAGUAGGUCUCAAGUCCGGCUAUGGUCAGAGCAAAUGGGUGUCGGAGAAGUUGCUCUUUGAAGCUGGUAAGAGAGGCUUGCGGGGCCAUAUCGUUCGGCCCGGCUAUAUUGUUGGCGACUCGCAUACUGCAGUGACCAACACCGACGACUUUAUUUGGCGCAUGUUCAAGGGAUGCGUCCAGCUCGGCUUCGUCCCAGAUAUCAACAACACUGUGAACAUGGUGCCUGUGGAUCAUGUUGCUCGUUGCACUGCUCUCGCUGCAGUGGAGCCCCUACCAAACGCUGCGCAAAGCGUGCUGCACAUUACUGCAGUGCCCCCUCCAACCUUCAACAAUAUCCUCUCGUCGUUAACUGAGUACGGGUUCCCCACACAACAAUGCGAGUAUCUCGUAUGGCGUCGCAAGCUAGAGCAGCACGUCAUGGAGGUCCAAGAUAACGCGCUUUUCCCGCUCCUCCAUUUCGUCCUUGAUGACCUACCGACGAGCACCAAAGCCCCCGAGCUUGACGCCACUAACACUAUGACGCUGCUGCGCUCGCAAGGGCAGCAAUGCACGUUCACGGUUUCGGAACAGCUGAUGGGAAGAUACCUUGCGUGGUUAGUCGGAGCGGGUUUCUUGCCAGCACCAUCUUCGCCAGCACCAAACAAGACGUUGCCCCAGUUGGCUAAUGGUACCGUCAUCAAAGCUGCAGGUCGGAGUGGUGCUUGA